AUGCCCUUCUCUUUCCCCUUCCCUUUUGCCCUCCCCUUGGCUCCGCCGCCUGUCCGAACCAUGCCAUCCACCACUCCCAUCCCUCACCUCCGCCGCGCUCGCAUCGCCAACUCUCUUCGGCAUUCCCUCCCCCCUCGCCUAUCCGUUGUCCUUCUGGGCUUUCAGACCCUCCUGAUUCUCUUCCUCUUCCUAUCCCUGCGCACCAAGAACGUUUUCAUUACAAACCUCCUCACCUCGCACCCCACCAACACCUACACCCUACCCCCACCGCAUGCAGACGACGCGCCUGCCCCACUUUCUCGCUGGCCCUCCUUUUUAUUAUCUCAUCCGUCUGCAACACCCUCACCGCCGCCGUGCGAUAUCCUCCAUUGGGCAUACAUCGGAGAAAAGUGCUUUUUCCGAGACGACCAUGUUAAGGAUCGCGCCGGUCAUAACAGCUCCAUCUGGACUCUUGUCGAUACCCAAGACUGGCUCUAUUCCUUAGAGUACGACUUUCCUUGUCCAGCAGUUGUUUGCCGCCAUCAAUGGCAGGACGAACUCAACCUCACCUCACAUAUUUUGUUACGCGUCCUCCAAGAGAAGUAUCCAAAUGACACGCCCUGGAACGUCGAAAAUAUGUACACGGGAAACAAGUACUUUCGUGUCAACCAGUUUUGGGGUCUUGAGUACAAGUUUCACGGCCAAUUCACUCUAACCAGAAGGGCCGAUGAUGGCGAGGAGAACCAGAAGAACAAAACUGCUGCUAUCACCAUUCGUCGUGGAUUUACGCAAAAGUACUGCGAUGUCUCCAUACAGGACAAUGUUCCCUCCGAAGAGGUCCCUAUAUAUCUUGUUGUCCCAUACACUGGUCGUGUCGAGCAACUGAGCCUCUUCUAUUCGAACAUCAAGGAGUUGCUGGAUGACGAUGUCGCUGUCAAGGUCAUUCUGGCGACAUAUGGAGGUCCAGUUCACAUGCUAGGCGCUGAGGAAUUACUCAGGGAAAUGCAGAUUGGCUUUUCAGAGGGCGAGCUGAUUGACGGCCAUGUCGUUCAAGUGGUAGAAGCUUCAGGAGACAAGUUUGGCAAGUUUUCGAGGUCUAGAGCCUUGAUGGAUGGUGCAAGAUAUGUACCUUCUGAUGGACUCAUGUUCUAUUGCGAUGUCGACAUGAUCAUUCGGAAGCCUUUCUUCUAUAAUUGUCGUUAUAAUGCACACCGCAAUUUCCAGGUUUACUAUCCGGUUGUGUACAGCCUUUAUCCGUACGGCAAUACUGUUUCCAAAGAACACGGCUACUGGCGCAAGGGUGCUUUCGGAAUGGUGUGCGGGUACAAGAGUGACUUCAAGCAAACCAAAGCUUGGCAUCAUGCCCGGAACAGUCUCACUGGAUGGGGUUUCGAAGAUGUGUUGCUCCACAAAGAAUUCAGCAAUCAUUGGAAAAUUUCUGUGUUUCACGCAGUGGAGCCAAACCUGCUUCAUAGAUGGCAUCCAAAGUACUGCGAGUUUAACAUGCACGUCGCAGCUUGCCUUGGGACUAUCUUUCAAAACAUGGGCAGUCAGAGUUUUCUAGCAUCCAUCGUAGCCCAGCAAGGAAUUGACGUGAGGGAAAUUCCGUACUCUCCGAUUCCAGUCAUCUUCAGUGCCUAUAAGAACGAUACCGCCGGAAGUGAAGACAGGGUGCUGGAAAUGCCUGCACCCGAGACAGCAACUGACAUGACGAAAAUUGAAGAGCUUCGCGGCUUAUACGAAAAAGCGUUGCAAGAAGGAAAAGGGGGCCUGAUCUCUCUUUUUGCCAAAGAGGCUCAAGAAACUAUGCAGCACGCAAGUCUAGAAGAAUCGUUGCAAGCUCAUUUAAAGAGGCUAAACUCGCCCCCGCAACCAGCUUCAGUGGCACCUCCGCCAAGGGACUCGUCUACCGCAGCCACCGGCCAUACCAAUAUGGGGCCUGACGAAGGCGUUGCCCCUGCACUAAGAACGCCAGACAAGCCCCCCACGCCAGACGAACCAGUAACGGCCCAUGUCGCUCCUCAGGUCCCUGAUACUGAGAAGCAAGUCUCCACAUGA